AUGACUGGGUUUCCGCUGAAAGACAACGGAGGGGAGCUGAAUGGCGGUGAUCUCCUCGCGCAGACACUCAAACACCUUGGAGUGGAGGUAGCCUUUGGUCUACAUGGCGGGCAUCUUGAUGCAUUUCUCCAGGGCUGUGAAGCUUCUCAGAUCCGGUUGAUCGAUACCCGACACGAGACAGUUGCUGUCCAGGCAGCCGAAAGCUACGCCAAAUUUUCCAAGAAGAUUGGCGUUUGCUUCAUUACGGCCAACAGCGGCUUCUCCAAUGGUAUCCCCGGUCUAGCAACAGCUCUGGCCGAUCGGUCACCGAUUCUUUGCAUAACAUCCUCGCCUCCAACCCGUGAUCUGGAGAACAAUUCACUUCAGGGCAUAAUUGACCAGGUCGUUGUUUCUCGUCCGCUGACAAAGUUUGCCUACCGGAUGACGAACCCUGAGGAUACUCCGCGAAUCGUUAAGCAUGCUAUCGGAGUUGCCCUCUCUGGAGCUCCAGGCCCUGUGCUUCUUGACUUCCCAAUCGAUGUAUUAUUCACACCUGUACAUAAACCUCUUAUAUCUUGGGGGUCGGUUUGCUCGCCCUUCCCAUAUGGACCUGGUCCACACACCGCAGCGAUUGACGGGGCAGUGGAAUUACUGAACGCCGCUAAAAGACCUUUGAUCAUCCUCGGAACAGGAGGCAAUUCCAAAGAGGCAGGAGAGAGUCUCAUGAAGCUAUCGGAAACAUGCGGCAUUCCAAUUUUCGACACGAUGAAGUGCAAGAUAUCCUUCAUUCCCUCGCAGUUCUCUUUCAAUGCAGGGCCCAGCGGCAUCCUUGCCCUUCUACCGCGCCUUGGUAUCCAGCAGCCUGAUCUCAUCUUGCUCCUCGGUGCCAGAACCGGAAUGUUCCUUGGUGGUCGAUCGGGUGCAAUUAUACCCGAGAAAGACUGCAAGCUGGUCCAAGUAGACGUUGAUGGUGCGGAAAUUGGCAGGACACUUCCGGUCGACCUCGGAGCUAUUAGUGAUGUUACUCAGUUCGCUGCUGCGUUGAACCGUCAUUAUGAUAAUACCACUUUCCAGGGCUCAGUGGACACCCAAUGGGUGAAUAAUAUCCUCAGCGUUAAAGGUCUGGCUUCGCCUUAUGAGCAAGAAGCAGAGGUCCAGCCAUCAGGACGUCUCCAUCCAUACCACGCGCUGAAGCAUGUCUUAAGCUCAGUUCCAAAGGAAAGCAUCGUCAUUCUCGAUGGUGGUGAAGCGCCGCUUUGGGCAUCCAGUGUGAUUUCCCAUUGCUCGCCCAGCGCGAUGGUAAAAUCCUCCGGGGGCCUUGGGUUCUUAGGCAACGGGUUUGGAUACGCCCUCGGAGCAGCCGUGGCAUGUCCUGAUCGGACGGUCAUUAAUCUGCACGGAGACGGAUCCGCAGGAUUCCACUUUAUGGAUCUGGAUACCUAUAAACGACACAAUCUGAAUAUUAUGACGAUUGUAGUCAAUAACUACUGUUGGGGAAUGAGCUCGAAUGGACAGGAUUUGAUCUAUGGUACCAAGACUCCUACACGCCCUGUCAGUCACCUGAGUCCUGUCACGGAUUACUGUCUUGUGGCGAAGGCACUGGGAAAUGCUAGUGUGAAGAUACAAACAAUCAGUGAUGUGGCACCUGCACUGGCAGGAUUGUUAGACCAAAAGGGGCCAACUUGCAUCGAGCUGGUCGUGGAUGAUAAGCCUACUCAUCCUAUUACUGUCGCUAUGGUUGGCCAGACUGAUGAGCCCGGGAUGGUGGUCGUUCCGUAUUAUGACAAUGUUCCCAGAGCAUACUAUAAAUCCUAA